CGCAAAUAUGCUUCGUUGUAUCACACACAAUCAUCUGCUUCCGAAGCUUAAGAUCUGUAGCCUGUGGAGUUGUCGGCAGUGGUGCUGGUAAUCUCCCGCACAUGGUUGAUAAUAGGAGACACUAAUUAUUCUAUAGUAUCCUACACACCAUGGUGACUCGUCGCGCACCGCCCACUGAGGUCUGCGGAUUGUCAACCGCAACUGUUGGGGCUGAGGGUUGUGUCAACAGUUAUUCUCUAGCAUGUGCCGGACUUGGUUCGCGGGGCUACACAGCAGAGAGUACCGCUCGGUAUGUGGGUACAGAAGAGCAUUUGCGACUGCAAGUUUUGUAUCGCGGCUGCGGCUUAAGGCCGUCGUGUUACCUUUCUGAGUGUGGAGUGUGAUGAAGUGUGGUUGGUGUUGAUGUAUGGGUGGCGAGGGCAUAGCGGCUGAUCAGACUUGCGAUGUCUGCUGGCCGUGGAUCAGGUUAUUAGAAGAUAGGGUGUAGUUGUGUAUCUCUGCGUAAGCUCCGAUGACAAGGGCGGGCUCGAUGUGGACUCCAUCUCUGUGUCUUCGGGUGGUGAUCCUAGCGCUGGCUGUUUUACAUGAUCAGGCCCACGCUUUGGGCACAUCGUUUUCCUAUUCUAUGUUCGAUGGUGACGCUAACCACGAGACGGUCAAUACUCUCGGAGACACGACGUACAACAGAACCAAUAAGGCUUACUCUUUGCAAGGACUUGCUGAUUGGGCAAAGUGCGUUAGACGCAGUGGAGAAGAAACUUGCAAUUCAUGCGGUAGACUGUUGUACAAACAUCCAGUGCGAAUGAAAGACGCGAAAGGGGCCGCUUCUAGCUUUAGCACGAAUUUUACGAUUGCAUUUCAGAGCAGUAAUUUGACGUAUUGUGGAGAUGGGAUGGUCUUCUUUUUUACGCCAAGCAACGCCGACACGAGCGGAACCGAAAGAGCAUCCUACUGGAACCUCGCAGGGGGACGGAUGUGUGCUUUUGACACCAAGGAAAAUCAGACGGACUUCCGCGUAUUCGCUGUGACGUUUGACUCAUACCGCAAUGACAAGUACAAUCCUGACUUCGACGUAAGUGACGGCAACAUCGCAGUCAUCCUCAACAAAAACAAGUUGAAUGCUUCGAAUCUGUGUUUAGGCAGUGCCAAUAUAACGAAUUGUAAUUUUUUCUGCGGAAACAAGGGGGAUUUCUCGGCUUCGAUUGACUACAAUAGCACAGAUCUCAAACUUCGAGUUCAAUUCUGGAAGGGAUCGAUCCAGGACAAGAGCUCGUCGACAAUGUUGACGGAUUUGACAGCCUCUCAUGUUAACUUAGCUAACGCUUUUCUAAAAAACGAUAUGUUUGUUGGCUUCAGUGGAAGCACAUUCGGCAUGGGUCUAAAUGGUCCAAAUGAUUGGCAGGGUAAAUUCUAUGAGCAACAUUACAUUAAAGCAUGGGAGUUUACGGGUGGUUUUGACACGUCUGAACCCAAAUCUCAGGCUGGACUAAUCGCCGGUAUCGUCAGCGCAGUAGGUGCUGGAAUAGGGUUGUUCUGUCUGUGUGUGUGCGUCGGAAUGAAACGCAGGAAGAGGUACCUUUGUCAUCGAAGGCUAGCGCAGAUGACAACCCCGGAGUUUGAAGGGAAUCCGGGCGCUAUGACUUACAGUGAGGUGCGCAUGUUAACGAAAAAUUUUAGCCCCAGCGAGCGGAUUUCGAGUGGCGCCUUUGGAGAUGUGUACAAGGGUACCCUACCGUCAGGAAAAAUUUUAGCUGUGAAACGCAUCAAGGAGGGCAAUGAGCAGGGUGAGGAGAGCUUUCUCGCUGAAGCCACUAGCCUCCGCCAGAUUCGCCAUCGAAACCUUCUCCAAUUGCGAGCAUGGAGCGAAUCAAAAGAAGGCCUGGUGCUUGUGUACGAUUACAUGUCCAACGGCAGCUUGGACAUGUGGUUGUACCCUAGCCCGAAGUGGACCGACUUUGAGCCCUUAUCGUGGCCCAUUCGACGUUCCAUUUUGGCAGGAGUUGCAGCGGGACUUCAGUACUUGCACGAGGGAUGGGUGCAAUGCGUUUUACAUCGUGACAUCAAGGCCAGCAAUAUCAUGCUGGACGAGAAUUUCGAGGCCCGCUUGGGCGACUUUGGGCUGGCUCGCUUGGUAGAUCACCAGAAAGUGGAGAAGACGACCUUGCUGGCUGGAACGCUGGGGUACAUGGCCCCGGAAAUGCAGCACACGGGGCGUGCAACCAAGGAGACGGAUUUAUUUGCGUUCGGGAUCUUAGUGCUGGAAGUAGUAUGCGGGAGGAAGCCGCUAAAUACAAACCCAGACUGUAAUCUGGGAGAUUAUGUCCUCCUGGAUAGCGUAUGGCGAGCACACGAAGCGGGGAAUAUCCUCAGUGUGGCGGAUCCCUGGAUUCUUAAGUCGAAACCUGAUUACGUGCGCGAGCAGAGUAUAGAAUACUCUGACGAGUAUGAGGACUAUGGUGCAAGGAAUUACCUUAACCCGGAAGAUAAGCAGAGCCUGAUAGCCAGCAUUUUGAAGAUAGGACUCCUGUGUUGUCUUCCGGAUCCGAGUGAGCGUCCCCCAAUGCGACAGGUUAACCAGUGGUUUCAGGACAGUGAGGAGGGAUCAAUAAACCUACCGAAGUUAUCAUCCACCAAGCCUGAACCAUAUCAGGUCUCGUGGAGCAAAUACAUGUCUUCAGGUGAAGCCACCCCCACGACGCAAUCCAAUACUUUCACUGGCAUGGGCUCGUCGCAAUCCAGUUCCUUCGCUCAAGGCAGUUUCCAGACGUCCAUGUCUGACAUAUUCAAGUCUGGAAGGUGAGAUCACAAUCGUGCUCGAAGGAACCUUGCAUGACAUCAUCGUUUUGAUACGGCGGUGUGUUUGGAGGCAACCCUGAUCUGCACUCAACUUUGGCGACACAGCCCCAAAUAUCGAUAACCGUCGCUACAAUUUUCAGGAGUUUGCUGAUAUUCGAUCAUCAUGCGAAUUGAGGUUCUGUUUUGUGCAGUCCAAGCACUUGUGGCCAAGCUUUUUGCAUGUGCAGAUGUUUGGGCAGUGAGGAACAAAAUCUGUUAAUAAUAUUUUCUUUCAGAUGAUAACUGUUCCAUUAGAAGGUGUUGUAUCACUGCAAUUGUCGCAAAUUGAUUUCAACGUGUGUAGAAAUUGAAAACUAGCUUAAUUAUAGAUAUCUUUCAACCAUUUAUUUUUCAUGUGUCUGGUUACCGUGGAGCAGAUCUUUUAAGUUCAUUGAACAACUGAUUAUCUAUGUAUCUUCGAUCUGUCCUGAUUUGAUC